GCUCUGCGUGCUCUUUGACGGGAAGUGCGUGAGUUUGUUUUCCUUCGCGUGCUCGCCGGUGGGGAUAUUCCCGGCUUCUUCACGUCUCCCGUGAAUUGUGAUCGCGAGAGUCUGUUCUGAACGAGGGAAGGCCUCAACAUGUCGGACAACGAGGAUAAUUUUGAUGGAGAUGAUUUUGAUGAUGUGGAAGAAGAUGAAGGACUUGAUGAUCUAGAAAAUGUUGAGGAGGAGGGUCAGGAAAAUGUGGAAAUCUUGCCAUCUGGAGAGCGACAACAGGCAAAUCAGAAGCGGAUCACUACUCCUUACAUGACCAAAUAUGAGCGGGCCAGAGUUCUUGGUACCCGUGCCCUCCAGAUAGCGAUGUGUGCCCCAGUAAUGGUAGAGCUUGAAGGAGAAAGAGAUCCCUUGCUGAUUGCAAUGAAAGAACUGAAAGCUCGGAAGAUUCCUAUAAUUAUCCGCAGGUACCUGCCGGAUGGAAGUUAUGAAGACUGGGGUGUAGAUGAACUAAUUAUCACAGAUUAAAUGUCUUCUGUGCUCCAACUCGAACUUUUAUGGAAUGCACAUAUGGAUAUAUAUUAUAUAUUGUGUAAAUAAAUACCAAAAUCCC